GGGCCCGAGGGCGUGCCCGAGGCCCGGGCCAAGCCGACGGUGCGGGUCCGGCUGGAGGACCGCUUCAACAGCAUGCCCGCUGAGCCGCCGGCGCCGCGCGGUGCGGAGCCGGCCGAGUCCGGCGUGGCGCUCAACAAUUUGGUAACUCUUAUUCGACAUCCAUCUGAAUUAAUGAAUGUUCCUCUUCACCAGCAACAAAACAAAUGUACGACCUUAGUGAAAGAUAAAACUGCUGCCACUGCUGCUUUGCAGUUCACCUACCCACUGUUUACAAGUGCCUGCGCCACAGGUGGGAACGCCAGCCUUGCACAGACACAGAGUUCCAGUAACUCGUGUUCCAUACUGGAAGCUGCCAAGCACCAGGAUAUUGGGUUGCCUAGAGCAUUUUCUUUCUGUUACCAGCAAGAGCUUGAGUCCACCAAACAGACUGGAGGAAGCAGAAACAAAGCCUUGCCGGAGCAGGUUUGGAUUAAAGUGGGAGAAGAAGCGCUUUGUAAGCAAGCAAUCAAUAAAAGGAAUAGGAGUAGAAUCCGCCAGUUGGACACAAGUGUGGAGCGAAGAGCCCUUGGAGAGAUUCAGAAUGUGGGCGAAGGCUCUACAGCCUCACAGGGCACCUGGCAGUCCUCAGAGUCCUCACAGUCAAACCUGGGGGAGCAGACACAGAGCGGAUCCCAGGGAGGAAGGUCUCAGCGUCGGGAGAGACAUAACCGGAUGGAAAGAGAUAGAAGGCGCAGAAUCCGAAUUUGCUGUGAUGAGCUGAAUCUUUUAGUUCCAUUCUGCAAUGCGGAGACAGAUAAAGCAACAACCCUUCAGUGGACCACGGCAUUCCUGAAGUACAUUCAGGAAAGACAUGGGGAUUCUCUUAAAAAGGAAUUUGAGAGCGUGUUUUGCGGUAAGACUGGCAGAAGGCUAAAGCUGACCAGACCUGACUCCCUGGUGACCUGCCCUACACAGGGCAGUCUGCAGAGCAGCCCCGCCAUGGAGAUCAAGUGACUGGACUGACCCAGAACCUGGGAGAAAACUGCCGUCCUGCGGCAUAGUGCAUGUGCCUGCCAUCCUGGAGCUCAGCUUUGCUGGUCCUUGAGGGGGACAUGGCUCCAGUUGGUGGGACUCCAGCAGGGACUUUGAGAGCACAUUUUGUCAAAGUAUCCAGAAAAAAUGCCCACUAAUGUCCAGAUGACCCUUGGGGAUGAAGACAUCUUGAUAAUGAGUAAUUUUUCAAUUACCUGUCCGACACCAUCAUGUGUUCUUAACAUGAUAACUUAAAAAAAAUUAACAUCCUUGGUACUUUCUUUAGUCCUAAUACUAAAGAAAACGUUACUUUUUACUUUGUUUACACUUUCAGUGUGCCCCUUCAGCAGCUGGAAGGAGGUAAAUUGUUCUUAACUAGGUUUGCAAACUUUAUUUCAUUUGUUCUCCUGCCCCUCCCCAUCCCCAGUGUCACGGUGUCUGCAUUGGGAAAUGCAGCGCCUUUUAAAAACUUUUGCUAAGGAUUUUCCAGACUUCUUUCAAAGCUUCUUUCGUCCUUUAUGGACACUUUGUCAGUAGGUUGUUUCAAUGCCCACAUUUCCAUAUUGUGAGUCAUUGCUUUACGUGAAUAAACUGUUUG